GGGAGUUGUAGUUUGAGGAUGAAUGGGGUUGCGGGCGUGGAGGUUUCAAAAUCCAAAGUUUGCCUUCAACCUGCCCUUGUUAGCGCCGGAACCGCGGGCGAGCGGUUAUUGGUUUCCGUUAAGGACCUUUGUCAUUCCCGGAUCCCCUGGCCUUCCUUUGGCGGAACGUCCCAGUUGGCCAGGCUUGCCCUGCUCAUCGGUGAUCCUCUGGUCCUGACUCUGUAAUCUUGCGGAUCUGCCUCUGCUAGGAAGAUGUUCCUGGUAGGCUUGACAGGGGGCAUUGCUUCAGGUAAGAGCUCGGUGAUCCAGGUGUUCCAGCAGCUGGGCUGUGCCGUGAUCGACGUGGACAUCAUUGCCCGGCACGUUGUCCAGCCAGGAUACCCAGCCCACCGGCGCAUCGUGGAGGCCUUUGGUCGGGAGGUCUUGCUGGAGAACGGCGAAAUCGAUCGCAAGAUCCUAGGCGACUUGAUCUUUAAAGAGCCCAGCCAGCGGCAGCUCCUCAACAGCAUCACGCACCCCGAAAUCCGAAAGGAGAUGGUGAAGGAAACCUUCAAGUACUUCCUCCGGGGGUACCGCUACGUGAUUCUGGAUAUCCCCCUGCUGUUUGAAACCAAGAAGCUCCUCAAGUACAUGAAGCACACGGUGGUGGUGUACUGCGACCGGGACACGCAGCUGGCACGGCUGAUGCAGCGGAACAACCUGAGCCGCGAGGACGCCGAGGCCCGCAUCAGAGCCCAGCUGCCCCUGACGGAGAAGAUCCACCUGGCCCGCCACGUCCUGGAUAACUCGGGCGAGUGGAGCGCCACCAGGCGGCAGGUCCUCCUCCUGCACGCGGAGCUCGAGCGCUCCCUGGAGUACCUGCCGCUGAGGCUGGGUGUCCUCGCAGGCCUGGCCGCCCUCGCAAGCCUUCUCUACCUGCUCAGCCGCUACCUGCUGCCUCACCCUUAGCCGCGGGUGCCACAGCCUCGUUGUGGGCAGACACCUGGCAGUGCAGCCUGUUUCCUCACCCUCGUCAACACACACAUUCUCUGGACGCUCGGAUCCCACCUGGCACCUUCCUCUAGACUAUAUGCUGCCUUGAGACCAGGGGCGGGGGCAGCCACAGUCCGGGUCCUGCCUCUCGCCCUCCUUGACAUCUCCUGCAGAACAGCAGCCCUGAUGGAUAGGAGAUCCAUGGUCGGGGUCCCAAAGACUGGGGUCUCCCAGUCUCCCUGGCAGCUCCAAGGCCAGGCCUCCCAGCUCCUGGGCCCUCAGCGCAGGCUGUGUCACGGCCCAGAUCUCCCGGGGCCAUCGCUGUCACAACUCAUUUUGAACUAAAGGCUUCCACCCUCCAUCAGGGCCCUCCCUCUGGUGAGCCCAGGUGUGGAAAAGGCUCUUGUGGAUAAUGGGGUCGGUGGGCAGAGUACAGCCACUUUCAGGAGACCACAUCCCACAGUCUCACCUCUGUGCCUUCCUUGAGUGGCCCUCCCACCCCCGUGAUGCUUCUGUGUCCCCUGGCACCUGGCCAACUCCCCCGCACAGGCCUUGUCUGCAGCCCUGGCAGGCUGGGUGUGCAGCCUCUCCCCACCCUUAAUCCUCCCCUUCCCUCCUGGCACAGAACAGCUCAGAGCUGGCUGUGACCUCUGGCUAGGUUGCCAGCCUUUUGAGGGCAGGGAUGGUCCUGCUCAGCCCCAGGUCACCGGUACGGAAUCUGGCUCAUGGUCAGUGCUUAAUAAAGUGUGUGGACCAGAGAUGCCCUGGGCGGCUGAACUCCCAGACUUGACUGAUGGCAUUUGAGGUUACGGCAGCCCCUGUC